UUUUAGGUCACGUGACCUCGUGAUGCCGGAAGAGCUCAACCUAAAUGAACUCGCUCAUGUCGUCUUUCUGGGAUUAUCUCAUAAUGAAAUGUGCAGUUUAAGAUCUUUUGUGAUUUGUGUUGAUGAUCAUUUAACUCGGCUACAAAGAGCAAGAGCUCUGUUUACAGGUUUACAGUUAACAAAGUAGCUGAGGAGGAAACGAGGUGUUUCUUUUCCCUGCGAUAUACCAGUGUGAGUCAUGUGGGAAGUGGAGAUCAGAGGCAUGGCAUCAGCUCAUGCCCUCCUCGCCGCCUCUGUGCUGGUGGGAAGCCUGAUGCCCGCUGUCACUGUGGAGAACUUCUCGGUGUACGGGACACACAUGGUGUGGCUCUAUUCUGUUUCUGGUUGUGUUGCUGUAGUCAACAUUGCUGUGUUUUGGCUUCUUGGCAUCAGUCCACCAACAAAGAAGAACACACUGAGCUACAAGUUGUCUCGACUGAUUAGAUCCUGUGUGUAUUUUCUGCUGUCUUGCCUCUUCUUCCACACCGUGGUUGUUCUGUAUGGGGCACCUCUGCUGGAGUCAGCUCUGGAGACGUUUUCUCUGGCUGUACUCCUCUCCACUCUCACCACACUGAGGUGUCUGUGUAUGCUCGGUCCAAACGUACAGGCAUGGAUCCGGGUUUUCAGUAGAGAUGGGGCGAUGUCCGUGUGGGACACCUCACUUCAGAUUACUACUGGCUGCAGCGUAGUCGGAGCCUGGCUUGGAGCUUUCCCUAUACCUCUUGACUGGGACAGACCCUGGCAGGUGUGGCCCAUUUCCUGUUCCCUCGGGGCGACAGGAGGAUUUCUGACAGGACUGCUAGUUGCUCCGAUCUGGAUCCGCUGGCAUCGCAAACAGCUCACCUACAAACUCAAAUGAAGGACAGGAACUUACAGGCACAGGCCAUGUUCUGGAUGAGCGUCUAAGGGCUGUGUUAUAAAUCAUCACCCUACGAGUUCCUCAUGCUUGCACCAGCUCUUUUAAAAGUCAUAUCCUCUGAGGUCAAAUGCAGCAAUAGAAAGUAUAUUUUCCUCAGGUUUUAAAUGAUUUGUUCCUUCAAUAGUUGCAGUGGCUUUAUACAUAUAUACUUGAUCAUUCCAGUCUCAUCUUUCUUGUAAAUAAAGGAUGUAAAAACCCAGACUGGAAAGAGAAAUGUUUUGUAAAAGGCAUUCAUUUUGCAACCCCAUGUUACCAGAUGCAGGUUCCCUUUUUCGAGAAAUAAAGUCUUGCUUCUGUAAAUGUC